GUGCAUCCAACGUGGGACUACGGAACGAUCACCCAGAAAAAAAGGAAAAGUAACUCAAGUAAGGAAAAAACUCAUGAUGGUGGUGCACGGUCGAUAGGGGGGGGGACACUAUUUUGCUAUUAAUCGGAUCGCUGAGAUUGUGUGACCACAGACUGAACCUGAUAAGCUGUCGGUUGAGUUCUUCUUGGACGGACUGCGCGUUUUCAAAGUUGGAUUUUGAUUCGGCCGGAGCCGCGAAGUGCUGUGGGAGACUCGGACGAUAUGCAGCGCUCCUCGCCUUGAGAGACCAACGCUGGAGUUUAUCGGCACAGCUCCUGCGGGUCUGAACUCACCCACUGCACCCUCACUCUGCGGUGAACACUUCCUAACACGGUCACAAGUCACCGUGGAGCCCCUGUGCUGAGUUUGAAACUGUUUUUCUUUUUUCUUUUCUGCGUUGAGCAACAGUUAAUUUGUGAGAGCUCUCCGGGCUCGUCCUUUAACACUUUGCCGUUGCUUGUCCUCAAGCAUGUCACCAGUGGCAGGUUCACCACCGAGAGAGUAGCUUCUGGACUGAACUUCAAGGCGACAGCAGCUCGCCUCAGCCCGCCGUGGCUGCUUUAAUUUGUGGAUCACCUUUGAUUUCUUUCUUUCUUUUUUUUUAAGCCCGCGUCGGAGACCAGAGGAGAAAGUUGGGACUUGUGUCCUAAAUGAUUGUUUCGGGGAUGGAAAACAUUGUAGUGCGCCACAGGUGCUUGAACUAGCCCUCUACAGCACCAGGAGACACUGAGCAAAAGGCGUCCAGUCCCCGAAGACACAAUAACACCCCAGUUUGUGGGUACGAGGAGAGAGAGAGAGAGAGAGAGAGAGAGCUCGGCGGCCGCGCUAUUAAAACUGGAUACAAAAUGGCGGCGUCCCUGGGACGAUUUGGAUAUGUUUCCCGUUGUGUUUUUUAUUUAAUUCUGUCUGCCGAGCUGUUAAUCACUUAUGGAUUGAGUUCGGAGCUGCCCUGUGCCCUCAACUGUACCUGCGACGGAGAUUCGGUGGACUGCAGCGGUCUGGAGCUGACAGCUACGCCUCUGGACCUUCCAGUCCGGACUGUUUCCUUAAAUCUUGGCCACAACAAGCUGACCACCAUCAGUGUGGAUGCUUUUGACAACCUUCCCAACUUGAGAGAGCUGCGGCUGGACCACAAUGAGCUGACCUCCAUACCAGAUUUAGGACAAGCUGCUUCUAAGAUUGUAUCUCUCUACCUACAUCAUAAUAAGAUCCGCAGCAUAGAUGGCAGGCGGACCAGAGAGCUGGUUUCUGUGGAAACGCUGGACCUGUGUAAUAAUGACAUCACCGAGCUUCGAGGGCACUGCUUUCCUGCCGGGCUCCAAAUCAGAGACCUGUACCUAAGCAACAACAAGAUAAGCGUGUUGGAGCUCGGAGCUCUGGACCAUCUGGGCUCAACUCUACAGGUCCUCAGACUGAGCCGAAACCGGAUCAGCCAGAUCCCCGUGAGAGCCUUCCAGCUCCCGAGGCUCACCCAGCUUGAGCUGAACAGGAACCGUAUUCGUCAGGUGGAGGGUCUGACCUUCCAGGGUCUGUCCAGCCUGGAGGUCCUCAAACUGCAAAGAAACAGCAUCAGCAAACUGACUGAUGGGGCCUUCUGGGACCUGGCCAAGAUGAAAGUCCUUCAUCUGGACUACAACAGCCUGACAGAGGUGAACAGUGGCUCCCUGUACGGCCUGACUUCCCUUCAGCAGUUAUUCCUCAGUAACAACUCUAUAGCUCGCAUCAACGCUGAUGGAUGGAAGUUCUGCCAAAAGCUGAGGGAAUUGAAUCUGUCGUACAACAACUUGACUCGUCUGGAUGAAGGCAGCCUGGCUGUGCUGGGGGAUCUCCACACUCUGCGUCUGGGCCACAACUCCAUCAGCCACAUCACCGAGGGAGCUUUCAGGGGCCUCAAGGCCGUACGCAACCUGGAGCUGGACCAUAACGACAUCUCGGGCACAAUAGAGGACACCAACGGGGCCUUCUCUGGAUUGGACAGCCUCAACAAGCUGACUCUGUUUGGAAACAAGAUCAAGUCAGUGGCCAAGAAAGCCUUCUCUGGCCUGGAGACCCUGGAACACCUGAACUUGGGAGACAAUGCUAUUCGCUCCAUCCAGCCCGAUGCCUUCAGUAAAAUGAAGAACCUCAAAACACUGCUCAUUCAGAGCGACAGCUUCCUGUGCGACUGCCAGCUCCACUGGCUGCCCGACUGGUUGCUGUCACGUGGUCUGCAGGCCGGUGUCAAUGCCACCUGUGCCCACCCGGAGAGCCUGAAGGGCACCAGCAUCUUCCAGGCUCCGUCCAGCAGCUUUGUGUGUGACGAUCUUCCAAAGCCCCAAAUCACCGUGCAGCCAGAAACCACGGUGACGGUCCUUGGCAGCGACGUGCGUCUCACCUGUACAGCAGCGAGCAGCAGCUCCUCCCCCAUGACCUUCGCCUGGCGCAAAGACCAGGAGCUGCUUCGCCAAGCAGAGACGGAGAACUACGCCCAUGUUCGCGCUCACCACCAAGGCACAGCAUCUGACGUGCCCGGGGCAGGCGGAGGCGUGAUGGAGUACACCACUAUCCUGCACCUGCGGCACGUCACCUUCGCCCACGAGGGCCGUUACCAGUGCAUCAUCACCAACCACUUUGGCUCCACGUACUCUAUCAAGGCCCGCCUCAUUGUCAACGUUCUCCCGUCCUUCGUGAAGACUCCGCGGGACAGCACCAUCAGGACAGGCCACACAGCGAGGCUGGAGUGUGCCGCCGAGGGCCACCCGGCACCGCAGAUCGCCUGGCAGAAGGACGGCGGCACGGACUUCCCCGCUGCACGCGAGCGCCGGAUGCACGUCAUGCCCGAUGAUGACGUGUUCUUCAUCAUGGACGUCAAGCCGGAAGACAUGGGCGUGUACAGCUGCACCGCCAAAAACACAGCAGGGACCGUCUCUGCCAACGCCACGCUCACUGUGCUGGAAACCCCCCACCUGGCUCAGGAGCUGGAGGACCGCAGCGUGGUGGUCGGGGACACGGUGGCGCUGCAGUGUAAGGCGCUGGGCAGCCCGCCGCCCCGCAUCACCUGGCUGCGUAACGACCAGCCGCUCCGCCCCUCCGAAAGACACCACUUCACCCCCGGGAACCAGCUGCUGGUCAUCGGCGCCGCCUCUCUGGAGGACGCCGGUCGCUACACCUGCCUCAUGUCCAACACACUGGGCACGGAGCGCGCCCACAGCCAGCUGGUGGUGAAGCAGCACCGUGGCUCUUGCGCGUCGCCGGUGGGGCCGAGCACGGUAACCAUAGGGAUCAUUGUCAUCGCUGUAGUGACGAGUAUCGUGGUGACGUCGCUGGUGUGGGUGUGCAUCAUCUACCAGACCAGGAAGAAGAGCGAAGAGUGCAGCGUCACCAACACAGAUGAGACGAUCGUUCCUCCAGACGUCCCCAGCUACCUCUCCUCCCAGGGCACUCUGUCCGAGCGGCAGGAUGUGUGUAUCCGCGUGGAGGCCGGCGGUGGACCUCAGCCCAACGGACACGUCGUAGACACCACAGGAUUCGACGGUGCAGUCGUGUGCACAGACUGUAUGGAGAACAGCAGCAGCUACUCCAAAGACCCCGACUACCUGACGCACGGGUACGGCCCCGCUGGAGGCUUGGAGUACCAGCAGCACUCUCACUUUCACCCGAGGGAGCAGCAUGACGCGGGGCCGCACUCACCACUGCUCUGCAAUGGGACACCCAACGGGAUCCGAAAGGACAUUGAAGAAUUUCCAAGAAGCCACAAUACGUUACAACAUGAUAGAAAAGUGAGCAGAACGACGUCCUCUCCAUCGCAGGAGGACUCUUUCCACAAGCCGGUGAAACUGGCGGGGGUGACGACGAGCCACCUCGACAGUGACUGUGAGCCUGAGCUCAGGCAGACUCUGCUGUCCAACGGACACACCCUCAGAGCCUCUCAGAAUGAGAGCGGCCCCCUUAGGAGAGCCAGCGACUAGCAGGCGCUCCAUCCAGCCCAAAACGUGGACUCGCAGUAGCGGAGUAGACUUUUCUCUCUUUUUUUGCACUGGGACAUAAACUGCUACCUCAUAUCGAGGCGACUGAUCCUGAGCCUCCUGGAUCUGGACUGAAAGGGAGCACCAGGAGGGGGAAAAAGACAGGGGGCAUCCGGAGUGUGAAGAGCUUGUGUGGGUGGCGUCCCAUCUGAGCGUAUCAGCUGUACAUAGUUAAAAACCUUCGUUCGGGAGGUGACCAAUAAAGAAAUUCUAGCUCCAAAAAAUGUGACUUUGCAUUUGAAGCAUGUAAAUGUAGGGAAUCUUGUACAGUAUAUGUAUGUGCAGGGGGAAAAGAGAAAUAUACCUUUGGACAUUUGACUGUACAUAAGAGUUUUCUUAUAUUAUAUAUUAUAUAACUUUUACAAAAGAGUAUUUGAAUUUAUGUGCAUGACAAAGAAAGGAGUGAUGGUAUUUUUAUUUUUCUUCAAAACAAAAAAAACAAAAACAGCCUUUUUUCAGCUUUUACCAACAACAUUCAGCUGCGGUGCCUUAUUGCAUGAUCAAAGAAAACUACAACUUGUAAUAGCAUAUAUCCAGAGAGUUUUUUGUGAGAGACCCUGGUACACUCUUUAUAGCAAAACCAAGCAAACACUUGAUUGCACUUGAAUGUUUUUUGACAAACCAUGGCCUUACACAAUCACAGAUCACAUGCGUUGUUGUAUGAAGGAAGAGCUUCAGUGUAAAUUAUUUUGGUACGUCAGAUGGUUCAAGAUGGGAUGAUUACGGGCGGUCAGUUAAAGCACUUUUUGUAUUCACUUCAGAAACAAGCAGGUUGUGUACAUGAUGUCUGCCAAUAGGAAUGCGGGAAGCCUCCUCUGCGAGGAGACGCUCCGCUUCUCUUGCCACGGUCAAGUCGACAGUCCACACUGUACCAUUAAGGCUCUUCCACCUGUUUCACAAUACUACGAGUUACUGCGAAGCUGCUCUGAUCCAGUUGGGAAAAAAUAUUCUUCUCUGUACUCUGGUGAUUUUCUUUCUUUUUCCAGAAAAGUGACUUUGGCACAAGUUUGUAAUUAAAUGUGGUCAAACUCAAAGCUUUAGAUGACAAUAAUGUCUCGUCACAUUCAUGAUGAGAUUAGAGCUGCAACGAUUAAUCGAUCAGCUGUCAGUUAUUUAAUUGAUUGGCAACUGUUGUCGACUCCAGACACUUAAAGGGCAACUCCACCAAUUUGACACAUUAAAGUGUGUUCACCAGUCUUGGGCAGUAGUAUAAAGCCUUUAGUAGCACCAGUGAUGUCGCUCUGUGGCUACAUUGCAUUUUGGGUAAUGUAAGCAACAGGUUUUGAAGAGGAAAAAAGAAGAAUGCACAGAAUUAAAAAAGGCAUUAACUCUGUUUCCCACAAUGCCACUCUAGCCUCUGAGUGACAUCACCGGAGGCAGCCUAUCAGAUUACCGAACAACUAAUUGAAUAAUCGAGAGAAUAACCAGCUCUAAAUGAGAUCUACAGCUGUGAACACGCCACAUUUAAUUGUCUGAAUGUUUAAAUCAACAUUUCAACGCUGCGAACUUCAGAGAAAGAAGGAGAAUCAGGGAGAAUCGUGUUGUGUCGUGUCACCGUGUUACUACUGUAAUGUGCCUCAACAAGCCACCGUUGUGCAUUCACAGGAUAACGGCCAGUAAUCAGCCUCCGUCAUAUCAAUAACUCUCUCAUCGUCACAUCACUUGCAGCUCAGUAGUGUCUGAGGUAACUUAAAAGGUGCGCUCUCAUGCUGUGAACAGUUGGGAAGCUUGUGAAAUGUGCGCUCUAACCGAACUUUUUAGGAGGAUUAACGCAGUUGGGACUGUCACCGUCCCUGCGUGAUCGGGCAGAGCAGUAGUUCCACUUUGUCUCGUGUAUGCAUGCGUCUCGCCAGUGUGCUCUCGUCUGAGCUGUGCUCUGUUACCAGUGGCCUUAUCAAGGUAAAGUGGAGGACACACUCCUCUGGUUACACCCGAUAGCACCCAUCAGAGAUGACUUUUUUCUUUCGUUCUUUCCUUUUGAAACCGGCAGGACCAAUCAGAGGUCCCAGUUGGAAAACCAAUCCCAGUGUAGCAGGUAAAAGGGAUGAGAGGGGGAGCGAGGUGCAGUCUGUGUUCUGAGUAAUUUAUUGAAACAAACUGUUGAACCAAUGUCAAAGCUGAAACAGUGAAGUGUCUAACAUGGCAUUGAAGUGUCUAAUAAAAUCCCAUUUUGCUAUUA